CCCACCAGCUGAUUCAGACCACGCUCUCUUAGAAAAAUCUAGACUUUAGCCUCUCUGUCUUUCUGCUUAAAAACUAGUUUCUAUCCUCAAUUUCCCUUCUCACCUCGUAAGACUGCCCAGAUAUUCUUAGAAUCUUCUUUCUUCAAAUUAUUUCUGAUUCCUCUCUCUCUCUCUCUCUGUAAACCUCUGGGCUCUGAGCCCCCCAGAAAGAAUGUGUUUGCAGGACGCAGAACAAGUAGGGGAGACUAUGGAAAAUUUUGGUCUUUGUGAACAAGAGAAGUCAUGGCCUGUGCAUUCAGGAUUCUUAAACACCCAUGUUGAGAAUUGGGAAGAAAAGUCACCAAAAAGUACUCCUGAUCGGAUUUCUUUAGAAACCGCCAAUUCCACUCCUCAGCUGGAAAGCAUUUGUGAGAACACAGUGGUCGUCGCAGACAGUAAACAAAACCACUUUGUCCCCACUAUUCGUUCAGGAGACUGGUCUGAUAUCGGUGGUCGUGAGUACAUGGAGGAUACCCAUAUAUGCAUUUCUGACCUGGCUAAGAAGUUCGGUUACAAUGUACUUGAUGGAGGGGCUAUUUCCUUCUUUGGUGUUUUUGAUGGACAUGGAGGAAAGGGUGCUGCACAUUUUGUCCGUGAUAAUUUGCCAAGAGUCAUUGUUGAAGAUGCUGAUUUCCCCUUGGAGCUUGAGAAAGUGGUCACAAGGUCAUAUAUGGAGACAGAUGUUGCAUUUGCAAGGAAGUGCUCUGUUCAGUCUACCCUGGCUUCCGGCACAACUGCACUCACUGCUAUGAUAUUUGGGAGAUCUCUGCUAGUAGCAAAUGCUGGGGAUUGCCGUGCUGUGCUGUCUCGGCGUGGAGUGGCAAUAGAAAUGUCAAAGGACCAUAGACCUUGCUGUACAAAGGAAAGAAUGCGCAUCGAAGCCCUAGGUGGAUACAUAGAUGAUGGUUAUUUGAAUGGCCAACUGGGUGUAACUCGAGCUCUUGGUAACUGGCAUAUCGAAGGUAUGAAGGAAAUAGGCGAACAAGGUGGGCCUUUGAGUGCUGAACCAGAAUUGAAAUUGAUAACACUCACUAGAGAGGAUGAAUUUUUGAUCAUUGGAAGCGAUGGAAUUUGGGAUGUAUUUUCAAAUCAAAAUGCUGUAGACUUCGCAAGGAGGAGACUCCAGGAGCACAAUGAUGUGAAGCUGUGCUGCAAGGAAAUGGUUGAAGAGGCAAUCACCCGCGGGGCAGAUGACAAUCUGACAAUUGUAAUGGUGUGCUUUCACUCAAAUCCUCCUCCCCAAGUUGUGGUGCAAAAGGCUAAAGUUAGAAGGAGCAUAUCAGCAGAGGGGCUGCAAAGUAUUAGAUGCCACCUUUUACAGGGAGAUAGCUAGGUAAUGGGUAGCAGCUAAUUAAUUGGUUAGGGUUGGUUUGUGCAUAAUUCUUACAGAAGUAAGAUCUUCUACUUAUCAUUCCUGUUCUGGGUCUGGGGGAGAAUUGCAGCCUAUUCACAGGUGACUUUUGAUUCACAAGGAGGAUUGAUACUGCAAUCCUUAAUUUGUAAAUACUGUCUGUACAAAUAAGAUAUUAUAUUUUUCCCUCCACAAAGAGAAGAUUUUGUUCUUCUCAAACAAUUUUUGCUGUAAUAAUGACUGGCUUGAUGUUUUCGUUAGACAAGUUUUGCAUCAAGUCAUAAUGCAAUCCUUUGUGAAAAGCCUGUUAUUCUCAUGGAAGAAGCAAACCAGAAAAUUCUGCCUA